AAUCAUUUUAAUGUGUAUUGUGCAUUGCGAAUGAUACGUACGCAGUACAGAAGAGAAAUUUGUAGAUGGUGGGGUUACGAACGUUUAUCGUUCAUGAAGAAACGAAACUGACGUCUCCCGGGCAUUGAUGAGUUUAAUCCGAGUUGUUGUUUCUGUGAAAACAAGGAAAAUUUCAGCGAGAAUAACAGUUAUCAAUACUGCGCAUAUAUUGACCACAUUGGAUUACGAGUCGCUUCACACGAGCUGCUUUCGUUGAAAAACGACAUCGAAGGAAAAUGAAGAACUGUGCGUUUAACAAUACCAAUUCCAGCAUCAUCUUCACGCUUUCAUUGGUGAUUUCAACAUUAGCUGGUUUUUUCUUUAGCAAAGGGUUGGCGUUCAGCGUUGUUCGCUCUAUUAAGCGAAACGGAAUGGGUGACGUUGAUUCAUUUUCCAAUCCCAUCUCAACGUGCAGUCCUCUGGGAUGUUUACAAGUUUUGGGAAAUGCAGGCUGUAAACCUGGAGAUUGCUGUAUUUGUAAAUGUAGCCUCAGAUUUCCGAAUUACAUCGUCCAUAGUGGAACUUGUGUAGAGAAUGAACGAGUGGACCCUGUGUGCGAGCUGACCACUAUACCAACAGAAAGACUGAUGCCUGUGAAGGACUUUAGUAGGGCAGGAAUAAUUACCUUUGAAGUUGAGAUUGAUCGGCCACUCCAGUGUCCUGGUAUUGAACUCAGACAUUUGUAUUAUCAACUGAAUACGGCACAAUGGAUUAAUAAAGGACCGAACUCAGUCUUUCGACUAACGCGUGGCAGGAAUGGUAACAGGUGGAACUUACUGUGGGAUAAAGGUCUUGAUAGAAAAUAUUAUGGACUGAUACUGAGCUUUGAUUUCUAUUGCGUUGGACAAAAUAUAACACAUGGAUGUUUGGUGGUCAAGUCCAAAGGAAACUAUAGUCUGGCAGCAUUAUCCUCGAGUCAACCUACCACAGAUGGACCAAGUCAAGUGGCGGUAACAGAGGGGAAAGUUGAACCAACAGACGGCUCACAUGAAGCAAAGGGAGGUGUUAGUAACGGAGGUCGUGGAGAAAAUUUUGCUGGACAAAACAGAGGAGUAGCAAUAAAGAAUUACAGUGUAAUCGUAGUCGGUGUGAGCCUGUCAGUAGUGAUGGGAAUUGGACUCAUUUGUUUUGUAAUGCUGAGAAAAGGAGGGCCUUUGUGGUUGAAACUUCAAAGGCGUCCGAAAGCACCACCUUAUGAGGAGCCAAGAAGACCAGCAGGCAUAAGACCGAUUCGCACCUCCGUUCAUAACGAGUUUUACGAUGCUGGGUUGGUCCUUUCCAUCGGUGGGCAAACCGCUGAAGCACCAAAAAGAUUAUCCAGACUUGGACCUUUGCCCCCCUUGCCUACAAAGGGGGAAUCCAUUUAUGAAGAGCCAGUGGUGAUAAGAAAUGUUGGUUAUCACGGAUUAGCGAGGCAAAACAGACCAUCUACCGCGCCAAUCAAACGCGCACCAGUCCACACCGUGCCAAUUCGCUGCAAGCCAAUCCAUAGCGAGCCAAUCCAAACCGAGGCUAUAAGUGAUCAGAACCCAGACCCUUUCUAUAACAUUCUCGAGGAACUCCCGGAAACCGACGAUUAUGACGACACGACCGAAUGCCGUUGCAAGGAGGUGGACUUUGAAAGCCUCAGAGGUCAACUAAGGACAUACUAGAUGUAUCCUCCAAUAUGUUUAAAAGCCUAAUUUACUAGAAGUAGUUUGGAACCCUCUUUGCCAUAUAAGGCAAGGUUCUCUAGGCGUCGUCGUUGAAAGAACAGGCAUUUCUUUCCUUGUUUUACAUGCCCACUUGGCUAAAGACUAAUAUUUUAAUGUUUGGAAACGGGAAACUUGUUAAGAAAACUUUGCAAUGAUGCAAUUGAAUUCCUCCAAGCGUAAAUGACUUUAUCGGGACUCUUGCUCAGGAAACUGAUUAAAGAACAAUUUACUCAAGUUCUGCUUGAAAAAUGAAACAAAUUGUGUGUAAGUAGAAAUAUAUUUCUUUUUAUGAGAGUGUAGUUGUAAUGUAGCGAGUUGCAUUAACUGGAAACUUGACGUACUCCUGAAAGAACGUGUACUGAUUAAUGCGAACACCGAUCAGGUGUUUAGUAUAAGACUAUUAAGGGCAUGAACAUUUUGUGGCAUUUUUCUUUUCAUUGCGUAUUGGCGAUUUUUCUUUUUUAACAAGCAGAACAAAAUUAACGAGGAAAGGAAUUUUCAAACUUCUUAAGUUUAUACAGAGGAAUGUUAUACUGGACAUAAUUAAUAAAUAUCUAUUUCGAGUGCGUUCAAAGAUAACAAAUACGAAUUGUGGCUUUAAUUCCCAAGUGGAAUUUUUAACUUGACUGAGGAUGAUAAAUUUGUCCAGCAUUAACUUUUAAAGGAGUAAUUUUCCUAAGGGAACCUUAUUUUUGCGGAUUGAGGGCAACAUGAAAAAUAACUGCAAAAAUAUUAAGCUUCCAAAAUUUUCAGGCUAUCAUAGGUGCCUGAAUCCAUCAAUACAGAAAAUCUUUUGACUGAAGUCAAAUUUAAGUUUAUCAAUUUAAAUUUUUAUUCAUUUCAAUAUCUUCAACAUCCUGAAGUUGGUUACAGUUGAAUUAUAGCUUACCUCUUUCUCUCCUAAGAGUGUUCAUUACGUAAAAUCUCCCAACAGUUCUGAUACACAUUCCAACAGAGAAGUUAUGAGAAUUGUCACAAUAAUCAACGGGGAUUUCGAUACCUUUCAGGAUAAAAUUCCAAUUUUCAUGGAUGAAUGGAUACCGUAGCUUGAAAAGAAAUGUGGAGUCAUCAGUCGGGAGAAUUGACUCACGGGGAGUGAAAGACUCAUAUCCCAUCAAGCGAAUAAAUCAUAUUUAGUUUAAACAGGUUUAAGAAGAUGAAAAUCAAAAAUAGAACACUGAGAGACUAAAUUUUCUAUAUAAUGUUCAAGAAAUCACUGCGCUAAAGUUGAAGGCGACAAAGAUCAGUCCGAGUAGCUUCUGUCAAGAACACAUUUGAAAUUGUGUUGGACAAAACAGGUUCAGAAGUCGUUUUAGUUUUGGUGUAGAUAGAGUAUUAGAUUGAAAGUAGAAAAACACGUUUUUAUUGAAUAAUAAAACCCUAUCAACAAUUUAGCUCUUUCUAAUACGUGAAAUGAUUAGGUAUAACAAGAGAAUAACAAGUUACUCUCGCUUGAAUUGUAUAUAAUUAUUUUAAUAAAUAUAUAUUUACUUUGUAACAUUA